UCUCUGGAAUAUCUUCCAUGGUUCAUUUUUUCUCAGAAUUUUCAAGGAGAAAUAUCAUUUUUUUCUUUGGUAAUUUUUCGUAUGACUUGAUAUCAUCGUUGUCUUCUUCUUUAGCAAUUGAAGCAAAAAUAUCACUUUGCUUUUUGGAUGCCAAAUAAGCUUGCAGAUGUCCAUAUAAAGGACUAUCUUCUGGAAUAUCAUCCAGAUGUAUAGAAUGACCUGAUGAUUCACCUGUACGAGGUAUUUUGGAGUUUAUCAAACUCCUUUUUCCUCUUUGUAUUACUGGAGAAUUUGAUGAGGAUCCGUAUGACUCCUUGAGAAUAAGACUUAUAAUGUGUAUUUCAACUUAUAAAUUAAUUAUUAUAUGUAUUUUCACAAUUGCCAGUGAAGCGUGCGCUUCGCUUUUGAAGCGAGGCGAGCUCCUGUCGCUUUUUAGCGUUUCGCGCUCUCAAAAACAUUUUUGGAUAUGAAUGUGCUUGUGUCUGUCACUUGCUCAUGUUGGAUCUAAAUAUGAGUCAAUUAGAUGACAGUGUUUGGUUUCCGUGCUUCUAAGUACACUCCUAUAUAUCUGUUACUUUUCUUGGUGGUGGGAAGGAGUUUCUUCUUGAAGCCAUCAGUUACCAGUGAUAUCUAUAUUGUGCUAAAAGUUUGUGUAUUUGAGUAUGUAUGCAGGUCUACACAUUUUUGACAACAACAUUGGACACGCUGGUGCUGCUGCCCAGUUUUAUAAAAUUCUUUCGACAAGCGAAGAAUCAUUCAUUCUCGCCAGGCAACAUUACAGUCGUUUUUCUAGCCUUUGGUUUGACCUUGAUGCAGUUCUGAAUCUAGCCUUUUCACUCAGUCUUCUUUGUUUUGUAAUUAUGCAUGCAUCUCUGCUCUCAAGCAACACCACUUCAGUGGAGGUUUAUGAGAAGAAAAAAACUGUGCGCUGGAAGUAUGACCUUGGCUGGAAAAGGAAUUUUGAACAGCAGGAAUUAUACAGAGGGCGACCGGAAAGGGGGAAAGGUUAAAUGAUUUUUAAGACCUUGAAUUUUAAUUUCUUCAAUCAUGACAGUCAAUUAUAGUAUUUAUACGAGAGUCCUGUUAUUAAGUGAGUAUAAUUUUAUUCCUACACUCAAUGAUAUUUGUUGGUUAUAGGUGUAGUUGAACUGUUUAGGCAAUUGCUGAGAGUGCCUUGGUUUGACCAAUAUUGUUUUCUAAUGGUUGAUUUUUAAAAGGUUUUUGGCGCUAAUAAGGCAUUAUGGUUUUUGCCAAUGUUCUCGAAGAAAGAUUUGGAGAACAUACCGGCACUCUAUGGAGUGGAAUUCCCGACACGUUCAGACACUGAAGAAUGAGUUCUUAUACAAGGACGUACAUAGAACUUUCAACAAACAGAUGUUAGGAGUAGGCAGUUUCCUAGUACCAUCAAUUCAUUGAUUGAUAAUUUCAAAUUCUCAUUAGGAGCUUGUGGAUUAUACUUGUCUAUGUUAAUAUGUACUCCCUCUGUUACAAUUUAUGUGAACCUGUUUGACCGGACACGGAGUUUAAGAAAAAAUGAAGACUUUUGUAA